CAUCCAUAUCCCCCCGAGCAAAACCCUAGCUAGCCCCUGUCCAGAGUCCAGAACCCGUCCGCACGCCCGCUCGCCGCCGCCGCCGAUGGCGAAGCCCCGCCGCGGCCGCUCCGGCUCGCGGUCCUCGUCGGGCUCCUCCUCCCGCUCCGCGUCCUCGGGCUCCUCCCGCUCGCGCUCGCGCUCCCGCUCCCUCUCGUCGUCCUCCUCAUCGCCCGCUCGCUCCCGGGGCCGCUCCCCUCCCGCCGCCAAGCGCAGUUCACCUGGAGCAAAGAAAGGUCGAUCACCUUCACCCGCCCUCAAAAAAGGGUCACCAUCAAGGAAAGGCCGCUCAUCAUCUCCCCCACCGAAGAAAGCUUCACCUCCUAGGAAAGCAUCUCCUCCUCCUCAGUCGGUUGUACUACAUGUUGAUCAUCUAUCCCGAAAUGUGAAUGAGGCUCAUUUGAAGGAGAUAUUUGGAAAUUUUGGUGAAGUGGUGAAUGUGGAGCUAUCAAUGGACAAAUUUGUUAAUCUCCCUCGUGGGUAUGGAUACAUCGAGUUCAAGAAGAGGACUGAUGCUGAGAAGGCUCUUCUUUACAUGGAUGGUGGGCAAAUUGAUGGAAAUGUUGUCAAGUUGAAGUUCACACUGCCACCACGCCAAAGGGCUUCUUCACCUUUAAAGCCACCUCCUCCUCCCCCCAAAAGAGAUGCUCCUCCGAAUGAUAAAGUUGCUAUUGGUGCUGAAAAGGAUGCUCAGCAGCGGCCUGGGGGAUCAGCAUCUCCACGAAAGAAGCCAGCUUCUCCGCCGCGAAAGAGGUCUCCUCCAAAUAGAAGGGCUGAGUCACCCCGGCGUCCACCCAAUCCAUCUCCAAGGCGUCGUGCUGAUUCUCCUAUUCGUCGUCGACCAGAUCUUUCCCCUGUUAGGCGUGGUGAUAGAAGACCAGGAUCUCCAAUUAGAAGACGUUCUCCUUCACCUAGAAGGCAUAGGUCACCAAUGCGGAGGGGUCGUGGCAGCUUAUCACCGCGCAGACGCUCCCCGGGGCCUCCUAGGCGCUCACCUGGGCCUCCCAGACGGCGAUCACCACCACCAAGGAGGUUGAGGAGUCCUCCAAGAAGGCCACCACCACCACCUCCGCGUCGUCACAGCCGCUCCCCUCCUCCUCGCCGCCCUCUUCACUCCCGCUCCAGAUCAAUUUCUCCACGCAGGGGCCGGGGACCACCAUUGAGGCGUGGAAGGUCAGAUUCAUCCUAUUCUGCAUCACCCAGUCCUCCAAGAAAGGGACCGAGAAGGGUGUCAAGGAGCCGCAGCCCUAGAAGGCCUCCCAGAGGAAGGAGUGGCUCUAGCGACAGCGGGAGCAGCAGCUCUUCCCCAACCCCAAGGCGCAGGUAGAAAGAAACUCGUGACCCGUGUUGUUCCUGGCAGGUAAAAAACUUUCUCUUCUCUCUCGACUAUCACUAUGGAUUGCGUCUGCAUGUAUCUUGCUGUGAGCUCAAGUCAAGAGGUGAUCGAUCUGAGGCCGGACGAUGAGGUGCUCGACAUGCCUGGCAGAGUCCCUGGCAUUUGUACUCACAAGAGAUAGACUGUAUGACGAUGACUUGUGUUGAUGAUUUGCCUGUACCGGAAGUACUUUUUUAUAAUUCUGCGGUUGUUCGUCAACUAUGAAUCUGGAUAUUAUUCUGUUUUUCACUCCUGAGAAUUAAUUAAUGAGCUGUUUACUGGUUGA